CUUACCCUCUUCGAAUUCUCACCAUCUCGACGAGGCCAACCGCUCCUUUACCUCCGCUCGCCGGAUUCUUGACCUCCUCUCGGGGUGCUUCGCUCCCGAUUCGAGCUUCUACAGAGCCUUCAUCGCCGGCGUCGAGGUAUCCUUGAUCCUUCUUGAUCUUUGAUCCAUUCCCUUCUCCCAAAACCCUAGGUUUAUCUUGAGUCUUGAUCUAUGGUUUUGUGAGGUUUGAGCUCUAUUUCGUGGGUUUGAAUUCUCUUUUUCUCCGGAUCUUGAUUGAAAGUUUGUGACUUGUGAGUUCUUUUCUAGGUUGAUGAUCAUUCUCUGAAUUCGAUUUCCCGUGCAUUUUUAGCUUGAAUUUUAGUUCAAUAAUUUUCCUUACUAUUGUUGUAGUUCGAAUUUUUUGAUUCAUUUCCUGGCAUUUCUAUGCUGUUAUAGCUGUAAAAAUCCUCUCAAAAUCCCACCUUUAGGCUUUCCAAUCCUCACAAGGGCUCCGCUUGAAAUUUUGCUAAUUCAUCAGUCAAUCUGGACAUUGAAACCUAGUUUCUAGCCCUAGUUCGCUUUUUCUUGUUUGUUUUUUUUCAACCAUGGAAGCCCUAACCAUUGGUUCCUCACUGUUCCCAUCUUUCUUUUUGAUGUUUUGCCUCAUAUACCUCAUUGGUCGCUUCAUAGUGUUCCGCAAUUGGAGCAUGAAUCAACGGAGGGAAGCAUCAAGCUGCUUCAUCUCACUCUUCCAUGGCACUCCGGCCGUCUUCUUGGCCACCUCUGCAAUCCUAACCCACCCCUCUUGGGGAUUUGCAUUUCCAAACACCAAUUUUGAUAACCUAGUUCUUGAUUACAGCAUUGCUUAUUUCACAGUCGAUCUCCUUCACUACCUCAUUCUAAUCCCCGGAGACUACCUCUUCAUUGCCCACCAUCUUGCAACCCUCUUCGUGUUUGUCACUUGUCGGUACCUUGUCCUUCAUGGUGCUUUCGCACUGCUUGUCCUUCUCGUGCUUGCGGAGGUCACUAGUCCUUGGCAAAAUGUUUGGACUCUUGCCAGGAUCCGGAAGACAGAGUCGGUUAAUGCUGCAAGACUAGACAAGCUCUUGUCAUUUCCUUUCUACUCCUUGUAUACUCUCAUGAGGGUAAUUGCAGGACCACUGUUCUUUUUCAAGAUGAGCGCGUAUUAUCUUAGCGGCCAGGCGAAUGACGUAAUUCCUAAUUGGGUGUCUGUGUCAUGGAUCGUUGUUGUCGGUGCUGCUAUCGGAGUGAGCAUUCUUUGGAUUUCAAAUCUUUGGAUUGAGUUGUAUAAGGAGACAAUUGGGAGUUCAGAGAAGAAAGAAAGGUAGCUACUUUGUUAUCACUAACCAUGAGCAAAUUUCUUCAGCAAUGUUUGUGCUUUUUAGAUGAUCUUUGAAAGGUUAGUUAGGUAUCUGAACAUGUAAUAGCAGCUACCAAUAUGAUAUGGAUUGUUUCUGUCAAAUUUUUCAUUUGAUUACCGUCAUUUGUCAUGUGUUUUACCUCUUAAUAAAUGUGAAACAGUAUACUCAAAAGUUAAGAUCAAAAUGCAUAUAUACAUACAUAUAUGCUAAUUCUGUUCAUGAA